AUGAUAUUGCGUAGCGGCAAAACUAGUCAAAACCUUGAAAUAGAAAAUGACCCAGAAAUAGUCCCUUCUAAUAAAAAUAAUUCAAAAAUGGAAAACAAAGAGUCAAAUCGAAAAGAUGCAGAAACUCAAGCUGAGGUUUCCGUGUUGGAUUGCGGGGGUGGAGGCCUACGCUCACGUCAGUCAAUCAACGGGAAAUCGGAAAACGGAGAAAAUGCGGAUCUGAAGGAAAUGCUCCAAAAUUAUGACGAUAUAUUUUCGAUAAAUAAGUAUGAUGUUGGAACUAUUAGAAUUGAACCACAACGGGUAAGGUUAACAUCAGACUUACCGGUGACAUUAAGGGCAUAUAAAACGUCCCCUAAACAACAGGAAGAAAUUGACAAUCAAAUUCGAGAAUUGCUAAAAGCAAAAAUAAUAAAAGAGAGCUCAAGUCCUUAUAGUGCACCUGUUACCCUAGUUUUUAAAAAAGACGAAAAUAAAAAAAGUCGGUUAUGCAUAGACUACAGGAAAUUGAACCAAAUUACAAAAUCAGAUGCAGAACCAUUGCCCUUAAUAGAAACACUCAUAGAUAAAUUAGGAAAAAGCCGAUAUUUCUCAAAAUUAGACAUGGCGUCGGGAUAUUGGCAUAUACCCGUACAUCCCCAAGAUACAGAAAAGCUUGCAUUUGUCACUAACAGUGGCCUAUAUGAGUGGAAUAAAUUGCCGUUUGGUUGGAAAAAUUCCGGAAGUUAUGAAAUUUGUAACGGAAUUGUUACCCCAGAUAAUAGUAAUAUUGAAGCUAUUAAAAAAUUGCAACCACCAACCAAUGUCAAAUCUCUUCAAAGAUUUUUGGGGUCAAUAAAUGUGUAUCGCAAAUUUAUAAACAACAAAGAAUGCCAUAUUUGUGUUGACGCGAGUCAAACUGGUGUGGGAGCAGUACUGAAACAGCCUGAUGAUUCUGGUACCUUACAUCCUAUAGCUUUCCAUUCCCGCUCUUUAAAGGAUUAUGAAAAAAAUUAUGGAAUUACGGAGCUGGAAUGUCUGGCUGUAGUCGAUUCUUUAAACAAAUUCCAUCACUAUCUUUUUGGUCGAAAAAUUACCAUACAUACUGAUCACGCCUCGUUAGUUUGGCUCAAAAAUGUAAAAAAUUUAAAAGGACGUUUGUUCCGAUGGUCCUUGUUAUUAAGCAUGUAUGACUAUGAUAUUAGGUACACGAAAGGUACCAUGAAUUUUGAGGCUGAUAUGCUCUCUAGAGAUAUACCUAAAAGUAAUCUAAAAGAGGAAGAUGCAGUAACAGUUACUGGAACCCAAGCUUCACAUCUACUGCAAUUGGAGGAAAUUAAAGAGGCUCAAAAAAAUGACAAUUUAACGGACAUAACUAAUUUUAACAAGCAUUGUCAUACGUGUCAGGUAAAUAAAAAACCUCGGCAAAAAAGAUUUGGCCUGCUACAAUCCAUGCUUCCGGUUGAAAAAGCAUUUGAUCUUGUUGCAGUAGAUAGUGUAGCUGGUUUCAAUUACUACAAUUCCACUAAAAAGUAUAUGACAUUAAUCAUUGACCAUCAUUCAAGAUAUAUGUGGUCUUUUGCGUCAAAGUCAAUUACUUCUGAAACAUACAUUAACUUUCUUAAGCAAGUUUUCACCGUACAAGUGCCUAAAAGUAUUUUGAGUGAUAAGAAUCCGGCAUUUACGUCUUCCCAUUUUAAGAAGUUUCUAAAGCACAAUAAAAUUAAACAAUUGUUGACUACAGCACACAGGCCAGAAUGUAAUGGCAAAGUGGAAAGACUAAACCAAACAAUUGUCACUCGAUUAAAGUGUAAAGUAAAUGAAACUUCUAAAAAAGUUCCUUGGCCUAAAUUACUGGAGCAGGUGACUCAAGAAUACAACUUGACUCCACACUCAGUAACAAAGUUUCCUCCUUCAUAUUUAAUGUAUGGUAUUGUACCUUUUGAAAAUCCAAUAAAAGAAGACAUAUAUCCUCCGGUCGAACAAGCAAGGAAAUUGGCAGUUGAAAGAACUAAAGAAUACCACGAAAGAAAUAAGAUAUACUACGAUGCAAGAUUUGUGGACAAAACUUUUAACACAAAUGACACUGUCAUAUAUGAAGAAUUCAAAUACCCUAAUUCUCGAAAACUGUCUCAACCAUUCAGUGGACCAUAUAAAAUUCUUCAAAAAAUUUCAGAUGUUAAUUAUGAAAUUAACAAACCGAAUGCGCAUACCAAAGAAAAAACACAAACAGUUCAUAUAUCUAAACUGAGGAAAUAUAAUGUACCGAGCAACUUCAAGCUAUCUCACGAGUGA